AUGGAUAACGAUAAGCAUUUCAUAUUAUUUUUCUACAAACUUGCUGUUGCCACUCCAAUUCAGCCAUUCAUUAAAGAGAUUAAAAGAGCAGAAACUCUAGCAGAUUUCCUCAACCUCGACAUUUUUUCAAA